CCAGCAUUGCCUUUGCAUCGACAAGCAACAUGUUGCACAGGUCUUGCUGCCAAGCAACCAAGCGGACUCUGUCUGGUGCGCACCAUGCCUCGCGGAUCGUUGCCGCCAGCCAUCGCACAAUCACAUCGACUCCGAGACUUGCUACUCCCGUACCGAACCGGUCAGCAAGUGACGCUGCUUUGUUCAGUCUCAAUAGAUCAGUACGAUCGACUGCUCCGGCAGCGACCCGGACGCUCGCAACAAUUGCAGACACGCAAGAGCAUCGGCCUUCGCCGCUGGACACUGAUAUCGAAGCAAUGCGUGACAGCCCCGACGAUCUUAUACUCAAGCCCGGCGAAGAAAUCCCGGGCUUCGAGGUCAACAAUGCCACGAGUGAGAUGCUUGGGAGGCCAAUCUAUCUGGACAUGCAGGCAACGACACCCAUCGACCCACGAGUGCUAGAUGCCAUGAUGCCGUUCAUGACGAACCAGUUUGGCAAUCCUCAUUCGCGCACGCAUGCCUAUGGCUGGGAGACUGAGAAGGCAGUCGAGGAUGCUCGUGUUCAAGUGGCGAGCCUGAUUGGCGCCAACCCAAAGGACAUCAUCUUCACUUCUGGCGCUACCGAGACCAAUAAUAUGUCGAUAAAGGGUGUCGCACGCUUUUACGGUCGGUCGGGCAAAAAGCACAUCAUCACCACACAGACGGAGCACAAGUGCGUCCUGGACUCUUGUCGGGUUCUGCAAGAUGAAGGCUUCGACGUGACCUAUCUGCCCGUCAAGCAAAACGGACUGGUCGAUCUAGAGCUGCUCGAGAAGUCCAUCAGGCCCGACACUUGCCUCAUCUCGAUCAUGACGAUCAACAAUGAAAUUGGUACCAUUCAACCCAUCAAGGAGAUUGGCGCCAUUGCAAAGAAGCACAAGGGUGUCUUUUUCCACACCGAUGCCGCACAAGCUUUUGGCAAAAUUCCGCUCAAUGUCGAUGAGAUGGGCGUCGACCUCAUGUCGAUAUCUGCCCACAAGAUCUACGGUCCCAAAGGCAUUGGAGCUGCCUACGUCCGACGACGGCCUCGAGUCAGACUUGAGCCCAUCAUGACAGGUGGCGGACAGGAGCGCGGCCUGCGCUCCGGUACCGUGCCUGCGCCUCUUGCCGUGGGAUUCGGCGAGGCUUGCCGAAUUGCAAAGGAAGACAUGAAAUUUGAUCACGAGCAUGUCAAACGUUUGUCAGAUCGGCUCUACAACAAAUUGACUAGCGCCUGCACCGACAUUGUCCGCAACGGUGAUGUCGCAGGCUAUCCAGGCUGUCUUAAUCUCUCGUUCGCAUACAUCGAAGGCGAAUCACUCCUCAUGGCGCUAAAAGACAUCGCGUUGAGCUCUGGCAGCGCCUGCACCUCCGCAUCACUCGAGCCUAGUUAUGUGCUUCGCGCGCUUGGCUCGGCUGAAGACAUGGCACAUUCUUCGAUCCGAUUCGGACUGGGACGCUUCACUACCGAGGCAGAGGUUGACUUUGUUGCCGAAAAGAUGGUACAGAUCGUCAGGCGACUGCGCGAUCUCUCACCGCUUUAUGAGAUGGUCCAAGAGGGCAUCGACAUCAGCAAGAUUGACUGGAGUCAGCACUGAACCAGUCUCGUCUAGAUAUGAAUUUUGUUGUUCUGAUCAAAAAACUGCAUAUCGAAGUACAAGCAUACAGCCUCAA